GAACUGCCGGGGGCUGCUCUUUACUGUUUUAUUGGAGCAGGGACGAGUCAUGCUGGAGGGGACUGGAGAGCACAAAUCCAAGUCCAGAUCCACUGAAGACUCCCAGCAUCUCCAGCAGGAGGAUCAGCUGAAUGUCAUGUCAAAGAGAGACAACCACAGAUCAGGGACUCCUGCUGGUGUCCACUCCCUGGCUCUGCUGCUAAUGGAGCUCCAGCCAGGUGCUGAUGGGCCUCAGAUCCUGGCAGCUGAUGCUUUGUACCAGCUUGGCCGAGUCGAGGAGGCCUACCGGCUGCUGCUCUCUGUCGGGCCCACCAGUCCUCGGGCCCCCAUUCUGGCUCGCCUUGCCCUGCUGCAGCUGCACAGAGGCUUUCUUUAUGACACCAAUCAGCUUCUGAAAAAGCUCAUUCAGUGUGGGGAUACCAGCUGCUUGUGUCCUCUGUUAGCAGUGGCACAACAGAAGGAUCGUGCACUUUUGCGGGGACACUGCCACUCUGCUGCAAAACGCAUCCUGGAAGGCACGAGAGAGGAGAGUGCUGUCAGGGAGGCUGUGGCUUAUCUUUCCAUCGCUAUCAUGGCAUCUGGUGGUGAGGCAGCAGACUCCUUGUUGGAAAGAGCGAGGUGUUAUGCCCUGCUGAACCAACGAAAGACUGCCAUCUUUGAUUUCAGUGCCAUUCUGAAGGAGCACCCAAAACAUGUUCAGGCCCUCUGUGGACGAGGCUUCACCUAUCUCCUGCUGAAUCAACAACAGGAAUGCACUCAUGAUAUCUUGGCAGCACUUCAGAUAAACACUGACAUGGUCACCAAAGACAUCCUAUCACUCAAAGACAAGGCACGGAAGCUGGUCGGUGAUUGGCUGCAUCAGUUCUGUCGAACCAAUCUGUCAGACAUCCUGGUCACUAAUGCUGUGCCCUGCCACGAAGAACAGCUCAGAGAGGCUUUUAUAAUCGGUGGAGCUCUGAUGAGGACUGACUGCAGAGACCCCCGAUGGCAUCUCCUCUAUGUGGACAUACUGUUAGCCAAAGGUGAAGUUGAGGCUGCAAGCGUUCAUCUCUGCCAGGUGUUUGGUCAGGAUCCAAGAGAUGCAGUGGCCCAGGCCAGGGUGGGUGUGGUGGAGGCUUGGCAACAGAACUACCGCAGCGCAGCUCGCAGGCUCAGCAAACUGACUGAGAAAGAUCCGUUAAGUCUGGACUUCUUGCUGGCCCUGAUCCCAUUCAGUCAGCGAAAACGCAUGGCACAGGCAGCAGCACAGGAGGCCAGCAGUGUGUCAUCAGCUGGCCAGUGGGAUCAGGCUCUCACACUCCUGACUGUAGCAGUACAAGCAGUGGGCAGUCACAGACUCCAGUAUCUUCGCCAGCGCGCUGCCUGCCUCGCUCAGCUGGGUUUACACAAGCAGGCCAUAGCUGACCUAGACCGAGUUAUUCAGAAACACGGUGGAUCCGACCCCAGCUGCUCAGAUGACCCCCAAGUCUGGGCGGAGGACCUGUGUCGGCGAGGUCGCAGCCUGGUGCUCUGUUCCAGAGAAGGAGCAGCUCUGGAGGACUUCACUCGGGCCCUGGAGCUCCACAGGGACCAGGCAAUCCUGUGCGUGGAGGCUGGCCUGGGGAGGCUGCAUCUGGCUGAGUGCUUCCUGCGGGGGGCGCUGCAGCACUAUGGGGAGCAGCAGCUGAGUAAAGCUUGGACAUUAAUUGAAUGUGGUCUCACUGUGGACAGUGAGAACGCAGAGCUCCGCAGACUGAGGGCAAGAGUGAAACGGGAAGUGGCCAGCCCCUGCAAUGUCAACUAGUGUUGAUAG